CAACAUUUACAAUGGUGUCUUUUUCUCUCAUCUGUGUCUCAUGUUUAUUUGGUCGUUUGUGUAUGUGAAGGCAAAGUUUCUAUGUAUAUUAGCAUGAUUUGCCAUUCAAUUUUAUGUAAAGAUUUGGCCAUUGCAAUGUGGUUUUUAUGGCUUUUUGCUAACAGUUUUAGGAAAACUGCUUUUGUUUUAAUACAUUGAUGCAGCAGUUGUGAAAAACUAUGCACUGUUUAAGAAUACAUCCAACUUUUUAUGCACUGACUUGACACUAGAUGGCACAACAGAUAAACCUGUUCUGCUUCCAGCUAAACAUUGACUAUUGUAGCCACCCACACAUUUUACAAAAGUACCCUUAUCUACAGCAGCACACACACCUAUUACAACAGAGCAUGUGUUUCACUGAACCCAGAACGCAGAGUACUUUACAUGUAACUACAUGUCAGCCAGUCAUGACUUUGUAGAAAGUCAGGUUAGGAGGCGCAUUCACCACUCUUUCUUUCCAACGGCACACAAAUCAUGCCAUCUUAUUGCAUAACUAAUACUGUUGCUGAACUGGCACUUUGAAGUUGGAUUACCUUUCCUGUGUAAGUGGACUUGGGGUCUCUCACUGACAUCAAUAUGAAGGUGCCUCAUUUGUCUCUGGUCACCUUUACUCUACUGUUGAUUCAACUAUCUGGCUAUGCAUCUGGGGGCAAAAUCCUGGUGUUCCCACUUGAUGGGAGCCAUUGGGUAAACAUGAAAGUACUCAUAGAGGAGCUGCAUGACAAAGGCCAUGAGAUCACUGUGGUUCGGGCGUCUGAUAGCUGGUACAUCAGUGAAAAGUCUCCCUUCUACACCUCUGUCAACCUUCCCAACCCUAGUGGAUUUAAGGAAAACCUUUCAACCUUUUUGUCUCCACAGCUGGAAAUGCGGCUUCAGAGUAAGCCUUCAUCUUUUUGGUCUCACAUCUGGACUCAGAUUCAGAGGGAGCGGAUGGUUUUCGAACAGGUCUCUCAGUUCCACAAGACAAUGAGUGAGAUGAUUGUUCAGAUGUUUGAAGAUGAAAACCUGAUGCGUUCCUUCCACAAUGCCAAAUAUGAUGUGGUUUUGACUGACCCCAGCAUUGGCGGAGGGACAAUGCUGGCACGUCAGCUUCAAGUUCCUCUUGUUUUCAAUGUCAGAUGGACCAUUCAAGGUGAAGCUCAUUUCCUUAUUGCCCCCUCACCUCUGGCAUACAUUCCUUUUACUGCAACAGAGUUGACAGAUAAGAUGACUUUCUCUCAAAGAAUCAAGAAUGUUUUGAGCUAUAUGCUUGGGAUGUACACACUAUCAUCUAUCACAGAACCUCAUUACAAACCAGUAGUUUUGAAGUACUUUGGUCCUGGUGUGGAUUACUCAACGUUUUUCCUGGAUGCUGACAUAUGGCUUAUGAGAAAUGAUUUUAUCUUUGAAUUUCCACGUCCUACAAUGCCAAACAUAGUCUACAUGGGUGGAUUUCAGUGCAAGCCCCCUAAGCCGCUCCCUGCCGAUUUGGAGGAGUUUGUCCAGAGUUCUGGAGAUCAUGGGAUCAUUAUGAUGACAUUAGGAACUUUAGUCGGGAAGCUUCCUGAAGACAUUGCAGAGGAGAUUGCUGCAGCCUUUGCUCAAAUGCCUCAGAAGGUUGUAUGGAGGUAUAUGGGACAAAGGCCAGCCAACCUGGGCAAUAAUACAUUACUGGUCAAAUGGCUACCACAGAACGACCUCUUAGGACAUCCCAAAACUAGAGUGUUUGUGACCCAUGGAGGUACUAAUGGGGUUCAGGAGGCUAUUUACCACGGAGUUCCAAUAGUUGGACUUCCCUUAUUCUUUGAUCAGCCUGAUAAUCUCUCCAGAAUCAGAGCAAAAGGAGCAGCUGUGAACGUGGAUAUCUCCGUGCUUGAUAGACACAUCUUUGAGGAUGCGCUGAUGACAGUUCUUUACAAUUCCUCUUACAGUGAAAACAUGCAGGCGCUCUCAAGGCUGCACAGAGAUCAGCCAAUGAAACCACUGGACCAGGCUGUGUUUUGGAUAGAAUAUGUUAUAAGACAUAAAGGGGCACGUCAUCUGCAGUCACAGUCCAACAAAAUGUCCUGGUUUGUUUACAACUCUGCUGAUGUCAUUGCAGCUUUGUUGACAAUUGUUUUGCUUGUGACAUUCACCUGCAUUUCAAUUGUAAGGUUAUUGUGGAGAAUGAUUUUUGUUGGGAAAAAAGUUAAACAUGAAUAAAAUGUCAGUUCUGUGUUGUUGUUUUUUUGAGUGCAUAAGAUAUGAAAAAUAAACUUUGUCUCUUGACAAGAUUAACCCCAAACAUGCUUAUAACCCGAAAACAGUAUCCAUGAAGAGUGAAUAUUUCAGUGACAAAUGUAUUCAAGUGCAAUCAGUAUACUUAUAUUCAUUAUAAUCCUAUUUAGUGUAAAAGACUCAGAGAUGAGUCUUAUGAGAUGAGACUGUUGUAGCCUAGAAUAACUGCCAUGUCAGCAAGUGUGAUUGAUUUCACCUUUAUAUGUAUUGCCAUCUAACUAAAACACACAUAGUACUGCCUGGAGAUAUAUAAUAUUUAAGACCAUGACAGACAUAUAACAGAGCUAUGAGCAGGUUUAUAGAGUGAGAGGAUGAAAAAAAAAGUCAGGUUCAUACUUUACAACUUGCUGAAAAAAAAACAAUGCAGCACAAAAUGAAACUUUCUAGUUUUUACUUAAAAUUAUAUAGGAAACAAUAUCGAAUAAAAACAGUUUACCACACUAAACAUAACAAUUACAAGUGUUAAAACUCUUGCUUUCAUUGGGAAUUAGAUCAGAAAAUAAUUCUUGCCUGUUACACAUAUGCCUGUUUUAAGAUUAAUGCUAGUGUAUCUGUGAGGCUUUACAGUGGUGUUAUGAGUUAAAAGCUAUCAUCAGCAUGCUAAGAUGCUCACAAUGACAUGUGGAUGUUAAGUAAGUAAUUAAGUAAAAUGUAAUAGAGAUACAGAAGAAACCUGUCUCCUGUAUAAAACCUGUGUGAACGGGUCAGUAGUUCCUGAAGAGUAAAUGGUUGUGUUGUGUUUGUUGGUUUACACCACUUAAGAUAGGUUUGUUCAGCUGUUACAAAUGUGUCUGCAAGGGCAAGCAAAUUCCACCUCUAACAUCUCCACAACAGCAAGGAUGAAGGCAAAAACCACCUUUGACACAACAGGGUUGUUUCUAAGCUCAUCCCUGAGUGUUGUGAUCAGAUGUAUCUCUGCUCCCAUCAAGAAUUCUAGACAAAAAGAAAAAAGUCCACAUUUAUGGAUGAUUCAGAAAUGUAUUUCAUGGAUCUGCUUUGAUUUCUCAUUUGUUUUUUUGUUCAUAGGUUCAUUUAGCAUUUUUGCACUUAGGCCAUUUUUAACCCUGAGAGGUUGCAGAGGAAGGAAGAUAAAGUCGAGGGAGAGAUAGAGAAGAUAUAUUAAGGUUUGAUUCAUGGCUUUCAAGGCACGUUUGAUGGAACAGUUCUCCACUUUGAUGGGGUUUAAGUGAAAUAAGCGCUAUAGUAAAAGAACAUUUGGAUUUUUGGGGAAUAGGUAAAAUAAAUCUGUUUUGCAUGUGUCAGUUUUCACAACGUUUGCAGUGGGUGGCAGCAGAAAGCUCUUAUAGUGUUUUAAAGGAAGUACUGAAAAAAUACAAGCUUCAGAAUGGCUUGUAGCUCAUCUCACUUUUUGUUUCAAUUUUCUGAAUUUUGGGGAUGCCAAAGGAAAAAGAUUAUUUUGAUAUCUAAAAAUGAAAUUGUUAAUUCAAAAAGUGCAUAAAAUAGUGAAUGUAAUUUGUCUUAACACUGAGUAGAUAAUUGGCACAUU